UUGCGAAGCUACAGCCACACUGCAGGUUGUAAAAUUCCGUGGCUCUGCUGUUUCGAUUUUUAACGCGAAAACCCCAACGAAAUAGUGCAAUAAAUUGUGAAAUAGUGUGUCCACCCGCCGAAGGACCUUGCGGAGUGGUAAAAUGUCGUGUGCGGCCACCUUAUCGACGGCCAAGGACUCGACAAAUGCGGCAAAUGCCAGUGGAGCACCAACAAACACCAAUAGCAAUAGCAAUAGCAACACCAACACCACGGCUGUGGGUGUAGUUGUGAGCAGUGCAACGGGGGGCGGGGGUGGGUCGUCAAUUGCAGGUGUUGGAGGUCCGGGUGGCACCACCACCACCUCCUCCUCCUCCUCGACGGGGGCAGGGGGCGUGGCAACGAGCUCAGCGGCCGCCGUCGUCCGACGAUUCUCCAUGGAGGGCGUGGGCGCAAGGGUGAUCCGCGGACCAGACUGGAAGUGGAACAAACAGGAUGGUGGCGAGGGACAUGUUGGAACCGUGCGCAAUUUCGAGUCCGCUGAGGAGGUUGUGGUGGUCUGGGACAAUGGCACCGCCGCCAAUUAUCGCUGUGCCGGUGCGUAUGAUCUCCGCAUCCUGGACAGUGCACCCACUGGCGUGAAGCAUGAGGGCACCAUGUGCGACACUUGCCGCCAACAACCGAUCUUCGGCAUCCGCUGGAAGUGUGCCGAGUGCAUCAACUACGACCUGUGCUCCAUCUGCUACCACGGCGACAAGCAUCACCUGAGACACCGUUUCUACAGAAUCACGACGCCAGGUGGCGAGCGAACCAUGCUGGAACCGCGUCGAAAGUCAAAGAAAGUGCUGGCCAGAGGCAUCUUUCCGGGAGCCCGUGUGGUACGCGGCGUGGACUGGCAGUGGGAGGAUCAAGACGGCGGAGUUGGCCGGCGUGGCAAGGUCAACGAGAUCCAGGACUGGUCCUCGGCCUCGCCAAGAUCAGCGGCCUAUGUGAUCUGGGACAAUGGCUCCAAGAAUCUGUACCGCGUGGGCUUCGAGGGCAUGGCCGAUCUGAAGGUGGUCAACGACGCCAAGGGCAGUAAUGUUUACCGGGAUCACCUGCCACUCCUAGGCGAAAACGGACCCGGCAAGGGACCGCAUGGCUUCCAGAUCGGCGACAAGGUCACCGUGGACUUGGACCUGGAGAUCGUCCAAUCGCUGCAGCAUGGACAUGGCGGCUGGACCGAUGGCAUGUUCGAGUGCCUUAGCAACGCCGGUAUGGUAGUGGGCAUCGAUGAGGAUCACGACAUUGUGGUGGCCUACAACUCUGGCAAUCGCUGGACCUUCAACCCGGCUGUCCUCACUAAAGUAUCCUCGCCCACCACUGCUCCGCCGGAGUUCCAAGUGGGCGACAUCGUCAAGAUCUGUUCGGAUGUGGAGAGCAUCAAGAAUCUGCAGCGUGGCCAUGGUGAGUGGGCCGAUGCCAUGCAGCUGACGCUGGGCAAGAUCGGACGCGUGCAGCAGGUCUACCAUGACAAUGACCUCAAGGUGGAGGUGGGCAACACGUCGUGGACCUACAAUCCCCAGGCCGUGUGCAAAGUGGCCUCCACCAACGCCUCUGAUGGGGGCUGUGCCCCAGUUAUUCCCACUGGCGAACGUCUGUCGGCCAUUCUCAAGAAGCUCUUCGAACCGAAUGUAUCCGGGGAUGCCACCGAGGAGUUCGUCAAGGCAGCGGCCAAUGGAUUUGCGGCCCGUUGCGAGGAGUACUUGGCCAGUGCAGCACAACCUUCCACGUCCAGUGCUUCGCCCAGUUCCGGGCCGGAUGUGAAUGUGAAUGGGGUGUUUGCCGGACAUACGGCUCUGCAGGCGGCCAGCCAGAAUGGGCACAUCGAGGUGAUACAGGUGCUACUGCGCCACGCCGUUGACGUUGAGAUUGAGGACAAGGACGGAGAUCGGGCUGUCCACCAUGCCGCUUUCGGGGAUGAGGCGGCGGUAAUUGAGAUUUUGGCCAAAGCUGGAGCGGAUUUGAAUGCGCGCAAUAAGCGAAGGCAAACGUCUCUUCAUAUUGCCGUGAAUAAGGGUCAUUUGAAUGUGGUAAAGACGCUGCUUACAUUGGGUUGCCAUCCCAGUUUGCAGGACUCCGAGGGCGACACCCCACUCCACGAUGCCAUCUCCAAGGAGCACGACGAGAUGCUCUCCCUGCUGCUGGACUUCGGGGCCGACAUCACGUUGAACAACAACAACGGCUUUAAUGCCUUGCAUCAUGCUGCGCUCAAGGGCAAUCCCAGCGCCAUGAAGAUCCUGCUGACCAAGACAAACCGCCCAUGGAUCGUGGAGGAGAAGAAGGACGAUGGCUAUACGGCACUGCACUUGGCGGCACUCAACAAUCACGUUGAGAUCGCCGAACUCCUCGUGCAUAUGGGUAAGGCUAACAUGGACAGGCAGAAUGUGAACCUCCAGACGGCUCUGCAUCUGGCGGUGGAGCGUCAGCAUGUACAGAUUGUCAAGCUGCUGGUGCAGGAUGGCGCUGAUCUAAACAUACCCGAUAAGGAUGGCGAUACACCGCUGCACGAAGCACUCAGACAUCAUACUCUUUCGCAGCUGAAGCAACUUCAGGAUGUGGAGGGAUUCGGGAAGCUUUUGAUGGGUCUAAGGAAUGCCAACAACAAGAAAGCCUCCGCAUCGAUUGCCUGCUUCUUGGCUGCCAACGGAGCCGAUCUGACAUUGAAGAAUCGCAAGCAACAGACGCCAUUGGACCUGUGUCCGGAUCCCAAUCUAUGCAAGACGCUGGUCAAGUGCUACAAUGAAAGGAAAACCGACGACUCCGAAUUGCCCGGCAAUGUGGCCGGCACCAGUUCAAAUGCCAGGGCAAGAGCAGACAGUGGUAGCCUGAAUCAGUCCUCCUCCGGCAGUUUGUCGCUGACCAGCAAGGUCGCCACAUUGGCGCAGUCCCUGCACGAGGAGGCCCCGAAAUCGACGGCCAGUCUGGAUGAGUGUCUGGUAUGCUCGGACGCCAAGCGGGACACGGUGUUUAAGCCCUGUGGCCAUGUCAGUUGCUGCGAAACCUGCGCUCCGAGGGUGAAGAAAUGCCUCAUCUGCCGGGAGACCGUCUCAUCGCGCGAGCGGAUCGACGAGUGUAUGGUUUGCUCGGAUCGCAGGGCAGCUGUUUUCUUCCGACCCUGCGGUCACAUGGUGGCAUGCGAGCACUGUAGUGCUCUAAUGAAGAAGUGCGUCCUUUGCCGCACCCAAAUCGAUGAGAUCUUGUCUUUCAGUCUCUGCAGCGGUGGAAUUGGUCGACCGGAAAAGGUCACAGUGCCGUCUGGAGGAGCGACUUCCGUGGGAUUGCCGUUGCCCGAGGAUCGAUUCAUGGAAGCAGCAGCAGCGGCAGCCGCCUGUGCCAAUGCAUCCGGCCACAGUGUGGCCAUGAACAACACUGUGGUGACACCAGUGGCGGGCAGCAGCAAUCAAUUGAACAGCCAGAACAAUUUGCUGGCCGCUGCAGCAGCCUCGUCGAAUGUCUCGAAUCUGGCAGCAGCUGGAAGUGUGAUGGUGGCCCCAUCCAAUGUCAACAACUUCCAAAUGGACGAUGUGCAGAAGUUGAAGCAGCAGUUGCAGGACAUCAAGGAGCAGACUAUGUGCCCCGUCUGCUUCGAUCGCAUCAAGAACAUGGUCUUCCUGUGUGGCCACGGCACGUGCCAGAUGUGCGGGGACCAGAUCGAGGGGUGUCCUAUCUGCCGCAAGACGGUGGAGAAGCGCAUCCUACUCUUCUGAAGCCCCUUUCCGGCUCACUCAUUCCGCGCACAGCCUGCACAGCCUUCGAAGUAUUAGAAUAUUUAACGGAUCCACAUUCUUAUACACACACACACACACACACACAAUAUAUCUAAACAAUAUCAUAUAUA